CAAUGCCUAUGCACUAGAGUAUUUUUUGAUCGUGUAUAAAAUACACAAUAACCGAGGGGAAAAAAGAAACCAAGAAACAGCAUCUAGAGAGAGAGAGAGGGGUGGGGGAAGAGUGACGUGUGCCAACACCAUGGCUUCAUUCGGUGUUGUUGCGUUUAUUUUUCUGAUUCUCCUUGUUGAGUGUUAUUCAAGGCCUCUUUAUCCACUCCCUAGCAAAACGGACUAUAAAAAUAGACAGCCUUUGCAGACUUUCCGUCCAUAUAACAUUGCACAUAGAGGUUCAAAUGGGGAGAUUCCUGAAGAAACUGCUGCUGCAUAUAUGAGAGCUAUUGAAGAGGGUGCAGACUUUAUAGAAACAGACAUCCUAUCCUCUAAAGAUGGUGUUCUUAUAUGCUUCCAUGAUGUAACCCUUGAUGAUACAACUGAUAUAGCAGAACACAAGGAGUUCGCAAAUCGUAAGAGGACCUAUGACGUCCAAGGGGUCAACACAACUGGUUAUUUCACCGUUGAUUUCACUCUAGAAGAACUAAAGACAUUAAGGGUGAAGCAGAGAUAUCCCUUCCGGGAUCAGCAAUAUAAUGGAAAAUUUCAGAUCAUCACCUUUGAGGAGUACAUUUCAAUUGCUUUGGAUGCAUCAAGAAUUGUUGGGAUAUAUCCAGAAAUAAAAAAUCCAGUACUUAUCAACCAACAUGUGAAAUGGUCAGGUGGUAAGAGAUUCGAAGACAAAUUUGUCGAGAUGCUUAAGAAGUAUGGAUACAAAGGUUCAUAUUUGUCAAAAGAUUGGUUGAAACAGCCUGCAUUUAUUCAGUCAUUUGCUCCAACAUCGCUUAUUUACGUCUCAAACCAGACAGAUCUGCCCAAAAUCUUGUUAAUUGAUGACGUUACAGUACCAACCCAGGACACAAAUCAGUCAUAUUGGGAAAUCACUUCGGAUGCUUAUUUUAACUAUAUUAAGAAUUACGUAGUGGGAAUCGGACCUUGGAAGGAUACAAUCGUUCCUGUUAUGAAUAACUAUUUGCAAACACCUACUGAUCUUGUCGCCAGAGCGCAUGCCUCCAACCUACAGGUUCACCCAUACACUUUCCGGGAUGAGAAUGUGUUCUUACACUUCGACUUUCAUCAAGACCCAUAUAAUGAAUUUGAAUACUGGGUAAACAAGAUGGGAGUGGAUGGACUCUUUACAGACUUCACAGGUAGUCUCCAUCAGUUUCAGGAAUGGAACUCUCCUUUCUCUGGUAAAGAUGGUGAUGCAUCAACAUUGUUGCAUGAGAUUGCACGGUUGAUUUCUAAGUACGGAAAGAAAUGAGAUGGUUGAUUGUAUCAAUUAUAAUUUUAAUCGUUACCCAUUAAAUUUCAAUUGUAUCUGUUAUAGAGAAUAAUGUUAAUAAAUUUUUGUUCAUUCCA